ACUUUAUUUUUCCCUUGUCAAUGUUAGUCACUAGUUAUCACUACCACUCUCUCACUUCUCAUAACAUUCUAUUAUUUUUGUCCUUUAAUCACGCCACUCUUACUUCAAUCUCAUUAUUUUGUUCUUCCAUUUGUUAAAACCAGAACCAGAACACACAAAUCUCUUUGUUUUCUCCCAACAAUUUCCACAUUCCAUCACGACCACCUUAGAAAAUUCUCUCAAAAACAUGUCUGAAUUUUCUAUUUCUUCAAAGAAAAUUCAGUUCUCAAGUCUUUUACUCUCUGACUUACUCUUAUUCUGUUCUUUCAUUUUGUCUCACCCUCUUUAUCUCUUCUACUUCAUCUUCUUCUUCCCUUACCUCUUCAAGCUCCUCUCUUAUCUCUCCCCUCUUUUCGUUACCACCCUUCUCUCACUCCUGCUUUUCCUCACUGUUUCUCCUAAUCAACUCUCCGAAUCUAAUCUCGGAACGUUGUACCAAGCUCUUGUAGACAGGUUGAGCUCCAAAGUAGUUGAAGAUGUGAAUGCCACGGAGUUGGAAGCGUAUAAGAUUGUGUUCGAGGCAUCAGAUUAUGAUAUUGGAGAAACCCCGGUUCAGUUUCUUGCGCAAGAAGGUACCGAAAACAGUUCCACAGACGAUCAAGAUCAAGCGCGUGUUAGCAAAGGUUCAAGCAAUGAAAACUCGGUUGCCAUUACAAUGCCGGAAAGUACUCAGAUGGUUGCGGAAGUAAAGACGUUAGGAGUAUAUUUGCAUCAAAAGGAGGAAACAAAAGAAUUCGCGAGCGAAAAAGUUGAAGAAGAAGAAGAAGAAAAGUCAGUAAUAAGCAGCGAUUUCGAUAAAGUUGAGACAGAACAUAAAGAAGAAGAAUACAUUAGAAGCGGAUCCAAGGCAAGAAUGGACUCAAAUUCAUGGAGUAGCCAUGAGAAUUCGCCGAAUCUCGGAAGUUUUGGAUCAAUGAGGAAGGAGAAAGAGUGGAGAAGGACAUUGGCGUGCAAACUUUUUGAGGAGAGACAUAAUGGUGAUGGAAGUGAAGGUAUGGAUAUGCUUUGGGAGACAUAUGAGAGUGAUGCCAUUAAAGUGCAGAGAAAAAGUAAGUCUAAGAAAGGAAGUAUUGAGUAUUGUGAUGAUGAUGAUGAAGAAGAUGAUGACGAUGAGCCGAGUAAUGGGCAAUUAUGUUGUUUGCAGGCUCUUAAAUUCUCAACUAGGAAGAUGAAUUUGGGGAUGGGAAAGCCUAAUCUUGUUAAGAUUUCUAAGGCAUUGAAAGGGUUUGGAUGGUUGCACCAUGUUUCCAAGGGGAAGAAGGCUUAUCAUUAAUCUUAAUUUAAUCUUAAUAUAGAUUAUUAAUUAAUGUUUAAUGGUUCAUCAAAAUAUGUGUAUUUUUGCUCGAAGAUUAUAAAGUAAAUAUAGUUAUUCUGUUUUCCUUGAAA